AGAUGAACAGCAAUCAAAUCAAAUGGUGGAAACAAACACCUUGUGUUGGAAGCCAAGAGCCAGUGUACUAUAUAAAGCACCAGAUACUCUUUUCUCCCCAUCCUCUCCUCCUCUUGCCGUUUCAUCAUCGUACUAGAAGAAGUCCAAGCAACAAGCUCAUAUUAUCAUGGGUAAGGAGAAGGUUCACAUAAACAUCGUGGUCAUUGGCCAUGUUGACUCUGGAAAGUCAACCACUACAGGCCACUUGAUCUACAAGCUUGGAGGCAUAGACAAGCGAGUGAUCGAGAGAUUCGAGAAAGAAGCUGCUGAAAUGAACAAACGUUCCUUCAAGUAUGCCUGGGUGCUAGACAAGCUCAAAGCCGAACGCGAACGUGGUAUCACCAUUGAUAUCGCCUUGUGGAAGUUCGAAACCACCAAGUACUAUUGCACAGUCAUCGAUGCGCCAGGUCAUCGCGAUUUCAUCAAGAACAUGAUUACCGGGACAUCUCAGGCUGAUUGCGCUGUCCUGAUCAUCGACUCCACCACAGGUGGUUUCGAAGCUGGUAUUUCCAAAGAUGGUCAGACUCGUGAACAUGCUUUGCUUGCUUUCACCCUCGGUGUCAGGCAAAUGAUAUGUUGUUGUAACAAGAUGGACGCUACAACACCUAAAUACUCGAAGCCUAGGUACGACGAGAUUGUUAAGGAAGUGUCGUCGUACCUUAAAAAAGUCGGAUACAACCCCGAAAAAAUCCCAUUUGUUCCAAUUUCUGGUUUCGAAGGAGAUAACAUGAUUGAAAGGUCAACAAACCUUGAUUGGUAUAAGGGGCCAACACUUCUUGAAGCACUUGACAAUGUUAGUGAACCGAAGAGGCCUUCAGACAAGCCGCUUCGUCUCCCACUACAGGACGUGUACAAGAUCGGUGGGAUUGGAACUGUGCCCGUGGGUCGGGUCGAGACGGGUAUAAUCAAGCCCGGUAUGGUCGUCACUUUCGGCCCGUCCGGUCUCACCACUGAAGUGAAAUCGGUCGAAAUGCAUCAUGAAGCACUUCAAGAGGCAUUGCCAGGGGAUAAUGUCGGGUUCAAUGUGAAGAAUGUUGCGGUGAAGGAUCUUAAACGCGGUUAUGUUGCUUCAAACUCGAAAGAUGAUCCAGCAAAGGGUGCUGCUGGCUUCACUUCUCAGGUUAUUAUCAUGAACCAUCCUGGCCAGAUUGGGAACGGUUAUGCACCAGUGCUUGACUGCCACACUUCUCACAUUGCUGUUAAGUUUGCUGAGCUGCAGACCAAGAUUGACCGCAGGUCUGGUAAGGAGCUCGAGAAGGAGCCUAAGUUUUUGAAAAACGGUGAUGCGGGGAUUGUGAAAAUGGUUCCAACCAAGCCCAUGGUGGUGGAGACGUUCUCUGAGUAUCCGCCUUUGGGGCGUUUUGCUGUGAGGGAUAUGCGACAGACGGUUGCUGUUGGUGUGAUCAAGAGUGUGGAUAAAAAGGACCCAACUGGUGCUAAGAUCACCAAGGCUGCAGCCAAGAAGAAAUGAACCGAUGCUUUUAUGAACCUUCUGUUCACAGUGCACUUUGUUAUUGUCUUGUUAUUUGUUUUUAACUUUUGUUUGUGUCGUUGCUGCCAUCGUUUACUGCCGUUCUUAGGAACAGUGGUUCUGUUGCAUUUUCAGGUAGAUAGUCAUACAUGGGUGCUUGACAGACGGUGGCACAACGCGAGUAAUGCUACUUAUUUUCGUUUUCGUGGAGUGUUUAUAUCUGAACUUGAAGAAUAAAAUCUAUAUAUUUGUGGAUACUUAUCAUCUUGGAUGCUUAAUUGUUUGUGGUUGAUUUGUAUUGGCAAUAUAUAGUAUAUGUGUAUUUUUUUUUA